GUGAUGACAUCGUUUGUUUUUACAGAGCCUUUAAGAUGGACUUUAAAAUAUUGGCAUUGCCACCAGUAAGGAGAAUGUAGCACAAGUAACUCAUAGUGUGACCCGUGUUUGAUCCAUAGUUGGUCGGCGUAUCAAAACAUUUAGCAGUAAACUGUAAUUUCGCGUUCUGUGCGUUUCACACUGUUCGUGGUGACUAACAGAAUAAAACGACAAAGUUGUAUAAAUGUAAUGCUUACCUUGGAAAAUUUUUAUGCAAAACAGAGAUAGUGCAAUAUAGUAUUGGAUAAAUAGGGAAGUAUCAAGAAAAGAAUUAUCUGCGGAAUGUACAUUCGCUAAGUUGCUGUUGCUGUAUCUGCGCGUUGUCGAUCGAUCACUUAGUCGUUCGUAUCUACUUAGCUGUUUGGACCGAAGCGUCUUCAUAAGCGCGAGGCAGAUUAUUUUUAGUGGGAUCUGGAGAUCAAAUUUACUGAAAGCUCAGAAGCUACCGUGGGUGAAAAUUACUGAAUUAAGGGAAAUAUCAUUCAAGACUUGUGUACAGUCAUAAAAGCCAAACAGUGGAUCUUAUCUUUUUUAAGGACUGGUGACAUAUAAAAGACUGAAAAAUAAACUGUUUUGUACAUUCCAUUUGUUUGGGCUGAGGAAUGGGAUUUGAGGAUGGGGACAGUUAUGAUGAUAUUUCUAAAUGGUCACCCGAUACGGUAGCAGAAUGGUUUCGGGAAAAUGGAUAUCAUGAUUUCCAGAUGUUGGUAAAAACUCCACCUGGAGUCAAUGGAGCCAGAUUAUUAACAUUGGCUGAAGAAGAUCUCCAGAGUCCCCCAUUUUCUAUGACCGAUGGAAGUGAGAUUGACCAUCUUCUUAUAUGUAUCGAAUCUUUACGUAAAGAGCAACUACGUAGAUGUAUGCAGAAAUUGGAAAAUCAAGGAGUAGGGAACGGAGUUGCUUCAAAUGGACAUUCGGGACAUAUUAAUGGCUAUCGGCAUUCUUAUGAUGCUAAUGGUUCAGAGAAUCAUUUCGUCAGUGUAAAGAUGCCUCUCAUAUCAGGUGAUAAUGAAUCGUCCUCAUUCAAUUCAUCAGAAUCGUUGCUGUCACAAGGCGUUGAUCAUUAUCCAGUUGAAAAAAUUAAGACAUUGGUCUCCUUAAUUUAUCUAUUCCUUGGUUUUAUAGUCGCAGUUGGGAUGUUGCAAGUCGUUCAUGAACGAGUUCCAUCAAUGGAAGAAGAUCCACCUUUGCCUGAUAUUGCGUUCGAUUUGGUGCCAAAACGUAUAGAAUGGGCGUUCGAUGUUUGUGAAAUAAAUGGAAUGAUACUUGUUGGUUUGACAGUGUUAAUGCUGUUUUUUCACAAACACAGAUUUAUUGUGGUGAGAAGGAUAUUCUUUAUACUCGGAACAUUAUAUAUUUAUCGAGCCAUGACAAUGUAUGUUACGACGUUACCUGUUCCUGGACUGCAUUUUAGAUGUGCACCCAAGGUACAUGGUAAAAUCAGCACAAUGGUGUAUCGCGCAGUGAUGCUGUUAUGUGGUGGAGGAUUAUCAGUUACUGGAUCACAUCAUUUAUGUGGAGAUUAUUUAUUCAGUGGUCAUACUGUUAUAUUGGUCAUCAUGUACAUGUUUAUUGAAGAAUACACUCCAAGACGGUUUUGGCUUCUUCAUUGGGUGUCAUGGAUUCUUGCUGUUACCGGUAUAAUAUGCAUCCUGCUUGCUCAUGAUCAUUAUACAAUCGAUAUUGUUGUUGCAUAUCUCAUUGCAACUAGAUUGUUCUGGACUUAUCACACAAUGGCAUGCACAUUGUCUCUGAAGACAUCAACGAAAUCAAACUUUCUUUCUGGUGUUUGGUGGUUUCCAAUUUUUAAAUAUUUUGAAGGCAACGUAUGGGGCGGUGGAAAACUACCCCGGAAAUAUGAAUGGCCCUUACCAUGGCCAAGAAGGUUGAAGCACGUCACAAUAAGGCGAUCGCCAAUCAAAGGAGUUUAAUGUUGAAUCAUACUUUUAUUAUCAAGUUGGAAAGUGUUACACGAGAUUGCAUGACACGUAAUACACAUGACUGUGUGCUCACAUAACAUGACAUGACAUAUUUUUUUUCUUCUAAGUUUAUUUUACUUUUCAAUGUUCAUAGUUUCUAAAUUUUUCAUUGUCCUCAAAUUGUUAUGAUUUUUUUUUCUAAUGGAGGUUUGAACCAACAUGUAUAAAAUUCAAUGUUUCCAAAUCUGAUUCUGAAAUUGUGGUUUAUUUUCUCUAUAUUAAUCUUGAUUUAAAAUUUGGGUUGUGAAAAGAUUCGUUAAAAUUGAAUUCGAAAUCAUUAGCCUGAAAAUUGAUUUAUUUCUAAGAAAAUUUUGAGAUAAAUAAUCAUUAUUUUAUUCAAUUAAUACAUAGCAGGGCUGGGCAUUUUCAAAUACCCGAUUAUUUUUAGAUUCGAAUCUCGAAUACUUGAAAUAUAUGUAAAUGUAUGUCUCAUUUUUAUUAUAAUGUGUCCUGCGGACACACAAAUUACUGAAAACUUAGAAUCCAUCAUCCAGAUAGUUCGCUGAGUAUUCACACGCAAUAACAAAUAUAUUUUAUCAAUAGCUCCCUAGAAGAAAAGAGUCAAAUGUCAGAAUUUUAUUUUACAAAACAUGCCUCUAAAAUAAAAUUGGGAGAUUCACUUCAACAUUUUAAUCGGAAACGAUUUGAAUAAUUAACUAUUCGAUUAAAAAUGCCCAGUCCUAAUAUAUAGUACUUACAAUGAUUUUGCUAUAACAUAGAUCUAUAUAAUAAAUUUGAAAUUAAAAUCAGUCGAAAAGCAGAAUUUUAAAUCACCAAACAGUUUGAAUAGAUAUAAAUUUCUCUCCGUAGGAACCCUAGAUGUAGAAUGAAUGCUGUAACUAGUAGCAAUCUUAAAUUACACCUGCGAUAUUUUUUAAAUUUUUUUCUACGACUUAGGCAUGAAGUUUUGACAACCUAGCAGGUGCUCGCAACAAUUGUGAAUAAAUAACCCCAUUCAUUGGAAAACUAAACUAACCUUCAUCAAUGUUAAUUGAAAUUCUCUUGUAUUUUCAAAAGCGUUCUUGGUUACUGAAUCUUGAUUCGAAUUUCUCAUACUUUACUUGUCAUUCCUAGUGAUUUCACUUAUUUAAUUUGUGCAAUGCACAGUGAAAAAUGCAAUUAUACAAUGCACUGGGAAUAUCAAAAUUUUACUGUGGCAUAUGACACGAUUUGUAAUUAUCGUUGAUUGCCUUAAUUGCAUUUUAUUCCAUCAAUAUUAUUUUUGCUAAGGAUUUCUGAAAUAUAUAAGUUAAUACAUGACAGAGACGGAAAAAUAUCGUAAAAUUUGAUUUUUGUCCCAAAUUUUUUGAUAAUUUUUAAAAAAAUAUAUAUCAUAAAAGUAUUUUUGUCACGAGACAAUUUGAAACUAAAUUUUCAAUCCAUACCAUGACAUUGGAAGUAAAUUAUUUAUUAGUCUUGUCCAAAAUUUUGACACACAUCCUUGAAUUACUAUUAAAACUAUACUUGAGACGAAACAAUGUUCAAAGAUUAGACCACUAUUUAUAAUGGGUUUCUAACUCAAUGUCUUUUGGUAAUUGUCAGCAUAGGUUUAUAAUGUCUGUUUUGUUUUGCAAGUACAUUUUUACAUUUUUAUCAUAUAUUAGUAAUAAUUUAAAUUCUGCUAGUGUUAUCUAGAACUCAAAUUUGUCUUGAGCCCAGUCGUUAAGAUGUUUGCUAGCUUCGCCAGAAUCAAAAUUUUAGAAUUGGUACAUUGAUUGCAGUUGAACUAUUGUGAGGCAAAAACAAGUCUCAAUAUUAUUAUCAUCCAUCUUGUGUUUGUUGCGCAAUUCAAUCAUUCCAAAAUCGUAUAGCUGUUUAAUAUUUCAAUGUGCUAUGUUUUUCAAAUCUAAUGACUCAAAAUUGCUAUAUUUUCGAUUAUGACUGCUUUGCAGAGUCAAUCCUAUUCCAAUUUGCAAUAUAGCUGUGAAUUGUGAUGUAAAGUUUGACAAAAGCUGCUUGGAUCAUCUAAAAUACCUGAUGCUCUUUUAUGUGUCAUCCACCUUAUAUGGAAUAAAGAUUGCUCGCUUUUCAGUAAUAUCAUCAAUUUUAGUUCUUAGUACUCUUUGCAAUCAAAUUUUUAGAUGUCGCUUUAAACCAUAAAAAUUUGUAUCGAUAACAUUAAUAAUAUUCGGUAUUUACCAAAUAAUAUAUUUUUCGUCUUAGAUGUUGCUUACUUUGCUUUGUUAGUGUUAAUAGCUCUUGCCUAUAGCAUGUGAUUUAUUUAAAUAGGCAAUAAUUUUAUAAGACCAUAGCUUGCCAAACAAUUUAAUAUUAUUUUUAAAUUCAUGACUUAAGUUCGUUCUCCUCGCAAUAUAUGAUUACUGAGAUAUAUUUUGUCAAGAAUUAUAACAUACUGCUUAACUUAUUGUUAAUUUAUUCUGUGUUCCUUAUAAAUUUUGCUUGCUAGGGAAUGAGUGCUGCUUAUUUGUGAUAUGGAAAGAUAAAUUAGGGGAGCAUUUUUUUUUCCUUUUAUUGCCAUCAAGUUUUCAUGACUAGAUGAUCAUAAACUAUAGUUUUAAUAAUCAGUUCUGUAUGAUGUAGUUCAGUAGUUGCAUGUCAUACCGCUAGCUAUUCAUUCAAUAUUGUCAGUUUAAAUUACCAGGAUUUUUUAUUGGUUGAAAUACUUUUAUUGCUAGAAUGCAGAUUGCUCAAUUUUUCUCAAUCUGAAAUCAUUACACCCAGCUAUUUUAUACCCUCUGGUCGUUCACAGUGACUAUCAUAAAAACAGUCAAUGCUUACUUGGGUAUAUAUAUGUGUUAUAAUAUAAUAUUCGUAAUUGAAAAUAGCCAAAAGUGUUUGCUUGAUGCUUGCCAACUGCUAAAAAGAAUUGAAGUGUUAUAUCUUUUCAGUGACUGUACAAUCUAUAUAGACUGACAUUGGUAAUUCCAUAAUAUUAUCUUACGAUCAUCUUAAAUCGUGCCAUGAAUUUCUUGAUGAUAAUUACUUUAAAACAUAAAAAAUAUUAAAUCAUUUUUGCCCAGAUUGAAUAAUAUUGCCUUAAUGUUUUUUUGUUUGGAUAGUGUUAUUGUAGUGAGUAGCAUGCCAGCAUUCAUAUUGCCAUAGUUUAUUCAUCCAUUUUAUUUGUAACUGCAUUCUAAAUGCUAAUGUAGUGCAAUAUUCACUUCAAAAAGUAGAGCUUGCCAAGAACGAGACCAAGUUCAAAAGCUUCAUCCUAUUAUAAUUUCUAGGAAUGAUUCAUGCAUAUACACAUAAUAUUGCCUUAAACAAAAAAUUGUUGUGUACUUGUCCCAUCAAUCUACAACUUCAUCAGUUUAGUUAAGUUCUUAUGUGCAUGCGUAGUGGAUUGAUUAGUUUAAGUUGCGAAGUAAUACAUAUAUCCCAAUUUUCAUCACAUUGUCGAUAGACUCAUUUCAAUAGUGUUUUAUAAUCUAUCUAUUUAUCAUUUUAUCCGAACAGCAUUUUUGCAAGAACCACUUUCUUUCGGUGCAACUUAUUUGAUUUUCAUUGAGUAGGAAAACUGUUUCAACUGUUCUAGCGUGUAAGGAGUAAAAUUUGAAUGGCUUUCUGCCCCUAGAUUACUUAUAGCUUAAAACUAUCACGGAUGUUCGACUGGUGUUAUAAACCAAGUUCACCUUAGUUUUGUGUAUAAAAGUAUUGUUUGUUCCAUCUUGAUUGUCUUCUAGAACAAGGAGGUUAUAUGGAAAAAUGCGCCGCUGCAAUAAUAUAAAUUAGAGCACUACAUGCUAGGCUUUUCCAUGACAAUGACUCAUUAUUUUGUUUUAUAUCACACAAUGUAUUGAACUUGAUAUUUCGUAUUAGUAUUUAUUUGUAUUAAGGUUAGCACUAUUUGUGUGGUUGUGUUAUGAUUUUGGUUAUUCAAUGCUCGUUUGAAAAACUUAUUGUUGCAGUUUCAUCACAUCAAAGUUGCAAAUUUCAUCCUUGUUUUUAUCAUUUGUGCUUCUUUCUCUUUCAAGUGCUACCCUGUAUAAUUUUAUGCCAGACCUGAUCAGAAAAAAUGUGUGUAUGUCAUAGCUGAUGAAACCUUUAUAAUGCCAAACUGUGUAAUGAAACAAAUUUACACAUAAUGAAUGAAGAUUUCCAAUAUUAGGAUAUUAUACUACAUGUGAUAGUUAUUUUUAUCGAUUUACAACUAAUAUGGUUAUCCAAGCUCAAAAUUGUUUGCAAAUAAUAAUAUUGGUGAUGAAUCUCUUUAUAUAAUACUAAACUAACUUUUUUUUAUUGUCAUCCAUUUUUUGCAAGCAUCGUAUUAUUUCUGUAAACUAUAUUCUUGCAUUGCGUACUAUUUACUUGAAUGAUGCUCAUUUCUCUUACAGUUGUUUUUUGUUGAAUUGUGAUUUUUAUUAUGUAUGUGUACGUGUUCUAUGGGUCUCUUUCAAUUGAUAUUACUCAUAUUGAUGCCAUAUUGACUUGAAAAGGAAGUUUGGUUUACAGCCUUACCCUAAUCUUAAAAAGACCUGUGUUUUUAUUUUUAUGUGUAUGGCUGUGUAAUAUUACAUAAAAAAUUUCUUUCUUGCA